AUACUCAGCUUGAGAACCUGCUGUUUCAUGUGACUGUUACACACAACCUGAUCACUCUCCAAAGUGCAAUAUGGUAUAAUAUAUCUUGACAGGUAUGUUGACAAGUUUCGAAGAAAGUAAUAACGAAUAACGCGACCAGUGACGCGUUCUAUUCCGUACACAGACAUUCAUCGAUUUGAUAAGAGUGGUGUGACAAACAUAGCUUGCUAAAAUAGGUGUAAUUUUUCAGUAUCAGAAUCUGGCUAAUGUGGGCAACAACGUGUGUCACGUGGCAAGCAUUCUUGACUGAAAUAUUCACCUGAGCACCUAUUCCAAAUUCGACGAUGGCAUCACUGGACGAAGGCCAAUUUAGCGAUGCCGAUGAAGAAACGAUAGAAAAAACGAAAUGUGGAAAACCAAUGAUCAUUCACGAAUUGACCGUCACAGUAGGACAAUUGCAAAUAGACAUCGAAGACAACACAGAAUAUGACUCCGAAGACGAUUCAUACGAUUGGGAUGUAGAUGCUAGAGGCAAUUACCAGUUGAAGAACAAUAGUCGUUCAAAUGGAACGGCCAACAGUCAGAUGGCUAGCAAUAAAGUUUCCAACUACCAGCCUACUGAUAAAUUAUUUCGACGUUACUCCAAUAAAAUAAAUGUUGAAAAAUAUGAGGGACCCAGUUUGCCCAAUCAUGCGGCUAAUUUACUUAUCGAAAGUAACAAACGCACUGAAAAUGAACGGAUAAGAACAAAAGACAAACAUGACAGAGCAACGGCUGAGCAAGUUAUGGAUCCUCGCACACGUAUGAUUUUAUUCAAACUACUCAACAGAGGUAUAAUCGCUGAAAUCAAUGGAUGUAUUUCAACGGGAAAAGAAGCUAAUGUUUAUCAUGCCACCUCUAAAACUGGUAUUGAAUUCGCGAUAAAAAUCUAUAAAACAUCAAUACUAGUGUUUAAGGAUAGAGACAAGUAUGUAAGCGGUGGAUUUCGUUUCCGUCAUGGUUACUGUCGUCACAAUCCACGUAAAAUGGUUCGCACUUGGGCAGAGAAAGAAAUGCGGAAUUUAUUGAGGCUCAGUCAGGCAGGAGUAUGUGCUCCGAAACCAAUUUUGUUGCGCAGCCAUGUUCUCCUGAUGGACUUCAUAGGUAACGAUGGAUGGCCAGCACCAAAGUUAAAAGACGUUGAAAUAAAUUCUUCAAAGGCCCGCUCGCUUUACAGAGAAUGUGUUGUGAUGAUGUGGAGAAUAUACAAUAAAUGUAAAUUGGUUCAUGCUGAUUUAAGCGAAUUUAAUUUACUCUAUCACAAAGGAGAGAUUGUUGUCAUAGAUGUAUCUCAAUCAGUUGAACAUGAUCAUCCUCAUGCGUAUGAAUUUCUCCGAAAAGACUGCACUAACAUCACAGAAUUCUUCAAGAAACAUGGAGUUGCAGUUAUGACGAUGAAGGAAUUAUUUGACUUCAUCACAGAUCCUAAUAUAGUGGAAGAUACGAUGGAUGAGUACUUGGAUGCGUUAGCAGAACAAGUUAUGCUAAGAGAAUCAGAGGAAAUGGAUCCCAACAGUCAAAUAGAAGAACAAGUGUUUAAACAAACAUAUAUACCUCAGAGGCUCAAUGAGGUUGUUAACAUUGACAAAGAUAUAUCUGAGGCUAAUACCGGAGAGCAAAAUUUGUUGAGGAAAACCGUGUAUGGACUGAGCAUUGAUUUACCCAAAGUAACAACUGUCACCUCAAAAAUUAUUUCAACCAAAAGUCACGACGACAGCCAUACCGAAGAAAGCGGAGAGGAUGAAUCUGAAUCUAAUUCAGAGUCACAAAAUAACGAUGAAUCGAAAUUUGUCAAUUCAGCUCGACCACGAGACGAAAGUCCUGACAGCAAGAAGGCACGAAAAAAAGCUAUCAAAGAACAACAAGCAGAAAAUCGUAAGAAGAAAACCAAGAAGCACAUAAAAAAAAGAAAAGAAAAGAUGGUGAGAAAGAAAUAGACACUAAAUAGAUCCUUGUACAAUGUUUGAUUCUAGUAAUUUAGGAUUGGCUCAGAAUCUCGCGUUGUAUGAAUACAUUAUGUGAAAUGAUUUAGGUUACAACGAUCAUUUUAACCUUAUUUAUGUAAUGCCUUUCGGACUUAACAACUACGUACACGGAACCGAAGGUAAACGAUGAACUGAAAAAACCAGUCUUUAUUGAGUAAUUUAUAAAACAACAAUACUUUUGAAGCAUCCCAUUUCAAAAAAAUGUACUAUGUUACUUUUUUUUAAAUACUUAUAAUAAAUUUUUGUUUAAUAUUAAAAUUUUUCGCUAAUAUUUACAUUUUAGUGCUGUCACAUACUGAGCACAUAGAUAUAGUCAUACAGCUAACAUAGUUUGAAAUAAUGGUGUCCAGAACUUUCCCAAGUAUUGAUUAUUACUAUAAUACCCACCUAUUAAAUGAAUGAAAACUGGAAGAUAAUUGUAAUUCUGUGAAAGUAGAAAAUACGGCAAGAUCCUUCAUGUUAUUAAAAAACUAUAGUUAUAACCAGAAACAACAGAAAAUAGAGAAAACGCGAUUCCUUUUUUACAAUCAUAGGGCCUGUUGUAAUAAUCAGAUACUCAAGUUCAAUAUUGGAUACAUGGGAACAUAAUAUAAUUUUCUCAGCACAUCAGACUGUUCAAUAACCAGAAUAUACCUGUAUGUCUCGCAAACCGGCACGUUGAUAAUUAGAUAAAUACA